UUGCUUAUUAUUUUAUUUUGGUUUUCAACUCGCCACGAAAAUGUCUAGGGACUAGGCUUAUGUUUUCUAUCACUAUCAGGAUAGUUCGAUUUUGAUACGGCGAGUGCUGAAAACCCGCUGACAGCACUGACAUUUUGAUGGACGAUAAGGUAUACGAAAUACGGGAUAUCAAGGGAGUUGAUAAUGGAAAACCAACAGGGUCCGUCAUCGCCAGACCGUCUCGCAAAACGUCACGGCAAGGACAUCGUCAAUAGUAUAUUUCCUGACACGAAGCUCAGCAAGCGGACACUCCCUGAGGCUGUCUUCAAAGAUUUCAAGAAAUAUGGCGAUAAUGUCGCAUUGGUUGAUGGUCCCACCGGCCGACAGUAUAGGUUCUCCCAGGUCCAGCAACUUGUAAGAAAUGUGGGGAGUGGACUGACCAGACUCGGCUUCAGACAGGGAGACAUCCUGUGUAUGUACAGCCCGAACCUGCCCGAGUACCCGCUAGCUGUUUUGGGGGUUCUCAGUAUCGGGGGGAUCGUAACCACGGCAAACCCCUCUUACACCAUCGAUGAGCUGUCCCACCAAUUGUCAGAUUCAGAAGCCCAGUACAUCGUGGCGGUGCCGCAGAACCAUGACAAGGCAAGGGCAGCUGCCGCGAGGUGCAAAACAGUUAAGGACAUCUUUAUCAUUGAUCCAACAAGCGGGAAAGGCGAUUUCUCCCGCCUUGUCGAUGAUGAUGGUGCAAGGUUCCCCGAGAAUGUCAAUAUUAACCCCAUGGAGGAUGUGGCACUGCAACCUUACUCGAGCGGGACUACUGGCCUAGCCAAGGGGGUCUGUCUCACCCACAGUAACAUCGUCAAUAACAUGGAAAUGGCGUACGCACAGCCAGGUUUAAUUAACACCGGUCCCGAAGACACCUCGAUUGCGGUCCUGCCCUUCUUCCACAUCUUCGGGAUGGCCCAGGUGAUGUUCUCGCUGCUGAGGAAUGGAGCCAAGAUCGUCACCAUGCCAAGAUUCGACAAGGACAUGUACCUCUCAUUGAUACAGAAGCAUAAAGCCACUUUCAACUGUGUGGUUCCGCCAAUAGUGCUGUUUCUCGCUAAGGACCCUAUGGUUGAGAACUACGACCUCAGCAGCUUACGAGACAUGUUGUGCGGCGCUGCACCACUCAGCCAGGACAUGGAGGAGUCUCUCCGGCGACGCCUCGGGAAGGAUUGCAUCAGACAGGGUUAUGGUCUAACUGAGACCUCUCCGGUCACCCACAUGUGCCCCCAACGGACAGGGAAAAGGGGAUCAAUAGGAGUCUUACUACCAAAUUCACAAGCCAAGAUUGUCGACCUUGAAACUGGUUUUUCACUUGGGCCCAAUCAGGACGGUGAAGUGUGUAUGAGAGGCCCCCACAUUAUGAAAGGAUAUCACAGGAACCUGAAGGCGACAGAGAACUGCAUUAAGGACGGCUGGUUCCAUUCAGGCGACAUUGGCCACUAUGACGAAGACGGUUAUUUCUAUAUCGUCGACAGGGUGAAGGAGCUGAUAAAAUACAAGGGAUUCCAGGUUCCCCCAGCUGAGUUAGAGGGUCUUCUACUGGCCCAUCCCAGUAUUGCUGAUGCCGCUGUGAUAGGCAUCCCCGACAAAGAGGCCGGAGAACUCCCCAAGGGCUUCGUGGUGCUCAAACCUAAUUGCCACUUGACUGAGGAGGACAUCGUCUCUUAUGUUACAGGGCACGUUGCCAAUUACAAGCGGUUACGUGGAGGUGUCACGAUCAUGGACGCUAUUCCAAAGACGGCGAGCGGCAAGAUUCUCAGGAGGGUACUGCGAACAGUUUCUUUUUCCAAGUCCAGAGAGACCAGGCAGCACAGCAAACUCUAAGACCGCCGUGUGCGCUAAUAAAUCGACAAUUUUGAAUUCUUUUUGAUAGUCUACCACAAGAAAUCGAUAUUUAACUCGGACACAGAUACUGGCGAAUCUAUAUUCUGGAUUGUUCGCUAUUGUAUUGACAAUAAAUGUAUUGCCACGAUUA